AUGGCUUCGUCUAAAAAUACCUCCGCCGCCCGAGGCACUUCCACCCUGACCAUCCUUGCAUUGGUCUUUGCUGCCCUGGUCGCCCUGUUUGUCUAUCUCGACCAGCACCUCGACUGGUUCUACGUCUUUACGCCCGAGCAUCUGCACGAUGUCUCGCAGCGUGCCAUUGCUGCCCAUGGAAACGACACGCGCGCCGUUGUCGGUUACAUUGUCGGCGAGCUUGACCAGAAGCUGGGAGGAAAGCACCUGAACUUUGACGAGGAAUGGGUUUUUAACAAUGCUGGAGGCGCAAUGGGCGCCAUGUACAUUAUCCAUGCUAGCAUCACCGAGUACUUGAUCGUUUUCGGAACCGCCAUCGGCACCGAAGGACACACUGGCCGUCACACCGCCGACGACUAUUUCCACAUUCUCCAAGGCACCCAGCUCGCCUACGUCCCCGGCUCGUACGAACCCGAGGUGUACCCGCAGGGAAGCGUGCACCACCUGCACCGCGGCGAUGUCAAGCAGUACAAGAUGGACGAUUCCUGCUUUGCGCUCGAGUAUGCUCGUGGAUGGAUCCCACCUAUGCUGGGCUUUGGCUACGCCGACACUUUUACCAGCACCCUUGAUUUCCCCACGCUCUGGGCCACGACGCGCAUUACCGGCAGGGAAAUGAUUAGCAAUUUGCUCCAGGGAAAGCUGUGA